AUGCCCCAGAAGGCGGCUGAUACCGUUGCAAACCCUGUGGUUGAAGAUGAGGAGGGAGAGGAGAGUGACGAGUACGAUGACAUAGACGAGGGAGAAAGCGGCGAGUUUGUCGAGGACGGUGAAGGAGACGAAGAGGACGGGGAGCGGGCCGGAGGGAGCGGCCAGGGCUCUAGUUUGACCGCACUUCUCCUCAGCGGUGGAAAUGUCAUUAAUGAGGAAGAAGAAGAGGAAGAGGAAGAAGACGACGAGGAAUACGCCGAAGAAGGCGAGGAGAACGGCAUCGCUCCCGCUGCUGCGCCUACUGGGACGAAGCGGAGCAGAGAGGACGAUGACGACGAGACACUGCUCAGCGCCAGCACCGCGUCGGGUGAGUUGGAGGGGGACUAUGGCGAAGUCGACGAGAACAGCGAUGUAGUCACCAAGCGGCAAAGGACCUCCACAGAUGAGGUAUAG